AUGAGCUCGUCAAGUUCGGCUCCCGGCCCGGCUGAAUCUAUCUUGGCCACCCUCAACACAGCACAAUGCCGGGCCGUCACGUCGAACGCGGCGACAGUGGCCAUCCUGGCCGGUCCGGGAAGUGGCAAGACGCACACUCUGACUUCCCGAGUCGUUUGGCUAGUUGACAACAUCGGAUACGCGCCUUCGGAGAUCAUUGUUGCCACGUUCACCGUCAAGGCCGCCAGGGAGAUGAAGGAACGCAUUGGCAAGGCCCUGGGAGGUGGCCGCGAGAAGAAAAUCGUCCUCGGCACAUUUCACAGCAUUGCUCGUCGGUAUCUGGCUGCAUACGGCAAGAGAAUAGGGCUUGACGAAAUGUUUGGUAUUGCAGACGACUCGGACUCGAGGUCCAUCAUCCAGAGAAUAUGCAAACGCUUCCAACUGUCUGUGGAUCCACCGGCGGCGAGGUCAUGGAUCAGCAAGAAAAAGGCAAAGGGAAACGCUCAGAGCCCACCAAAACGCAAUGGAAAAGAAGUACCGGAAAGCCCAGAUAUGCAGACCUGUUACCGAGAGUACCAGAGCCAUCUCGAGCGAUCAAAUCUACUCGACUACGACGACCUGUUGACGCGCUGCGUGGAGCUGCUGCAGAAACACCCGUCCUGCGUUGCUAAUGUGCAAGCUGUGCUCAUCGAUGAGUACCAAGACACCAACGGCAUCCAGUACGAGCUCAUGAAGCUCUUCGCUCAAGCUCGGGAAAGAAUCACCAUUGUGGGAGAUCCCGAUCAGAGCAUCUACGGCUGGCGAUCUGCCGAGAUCAAGAACUUAUAUCGACUCCUCAGGGAUUAUCCACAGACCGAUGAGAUCUCUCUGGAGGAGAACUAUCGCUCGUCUCAAGCGAUUCUAGAUGUGUCUCUCAAGAUCAUCCAGCAAGACAAGAGACGGUACCAAAAGGUAUUGCUGCCCAUCCACAACAAAGGCACGCGUCCGGUCCUUCGUCGAUUGAAGUCUUCUGCUGUCGAGGCCGAAUGGAUGGUUUCCGAGAUCAAGCGGAUCCUCAUGAUGGCAGGCAACAUGUUGAAUCACGACGAUGUGGCGAUUCUCCUGCGGUCGGCCGCACUGUCCAGGCACAUUGAGUCGGCCCUCGGCAAGGCUGGAAUUGCUUACCGAAUGGUUGGCGGAGUCAAGUUCUACGAACGUGCAGAGGUCAAGGUGGUUCUUGACUAUCUGCGUGUUAUCCACCAACCGGACAACAACGAUGCGGUGGCGCGCAUCAUCAACGUCCCCCGCCGUGGCAUCGGAGACGCCACCAUCAAGUCCCUGCUUGAAGAGGCUGAAAAUGCCAAGCUGAGUCUUUGGGUAUUGCUGAACAAGCACUGCCGGGGAGAUCGGACAGCGAAGACGAAUAUAAAGAAGGCCAUGGAACAAAAGAUCAGCGGAGAGCUCAUCAAGAUGGUCUCAAGUAUUAGGAGGAAGAUGGCGGAACCACCCAGUGGCAGUCCAUAUUACCACCUGGUGGACUUGAUACAGAACCUCCUCUCGCAGCUCAACUUCCAAAAGUACCUCGAAGAGAAUUACCGCGAAGACCACGAAGCGCGCUGGGCCAACGUACAAGAGUUCAUCGGCCUGGCUGGCGACUUCAUGAGGGAUCUGAGUGCCACGGCGGACGAGGACCGCCUGCCACAGAUCGACGGAGUGCAUCAAGUCGAGGAGAACGACGCGCUCGGUCGGUUCCUCGCGAAUGUGUCGUUGGCAUCGGACGCGCAAAAGGGUGAUACCGAAGGCAAGCCUCUGGUGACCAUUUCGACAAUUCACGCAGCGAAGGGACUCGAGUGGCCGGUAGUCUUCGUCCCUGCAGUGUACAGUGGAUCGAUCCCGCACAUGAGAUCUGAGGAUCUCGACGAAGAGCGUCGGCUGCUGUAUGUGGCCAUGACGCGAGCCAAGUCUCUCCUCUACCUCAGCUGUCCCAUGUACAGCUCGCAGAACGGAGGCAACGGUGGCGAGCGCACCGAGCUGUCGCAGUUCAUCCCAACAGAGAUUCACCAGUACUUUAGGAAACGCGGUCCAUCUUUCGAGCCUGGGAUUCUGCAAGAGAUUGGUCGGAUUCUUGGGAGAGAGGCUGCAGUUCCCACGCAAGACAAGGUCUUUGGUGUGAUGCCACUCAUGGAGAGACCGGAAGACAACCUGUAUCCUGAGAACCCCGAAGAUGCCUUUGGGGACAGCGAGAAUGGUAGGAACCGUCAAUGGCAGCGGCGCUCAAAACCGCAGAUAGCGUCUGCAGAAGAGGAGGCUCAGCCCGUGCCAACGUGGCAUACCUCCACGACCAUGGAUGCGGCGUCCAACUUCACCAUGUCGUCGCUGCCUGGCUUCACAACUGCAACCGCAGCGCAGUCAGCGAUCCUCGCGGCCGCCAAAGAAAUGGCAGCAUCAGCCCAGGCCCAACCUGCGCCUCAGAAGUCUUCCGGUCCCAGGAGGGGGACCACGAAGCGGCCGGCCGAUCAGCAGAGCCUCCUCGGGUUCGUCAAGAUCGUCAAGAGGUCCAAGUCCGACCAGUCAGAGCCCAGCAACAUGCCCGCUCCGCCUCCUCGGCAGGCGCUCCAGGAGCUCCCAGAGCUGCCAAACCUGCACCGAGCCCAGCGGCCCGCUCCGGCCAUCGAGCCCGGCCUCACGGGUCACAAGCUCGGCGCCAGCCGGAGGCCCGCCAAGCCGUCCAAGCCAACCUUUGACGGCGACGCGGGCCCGAAAAAGCACUACGCGAAUUUCUCCAGCUCUCCGCCGAGGCCCGAGAAGGAGAACGAAGACCAAGACCAGCCGCCGCCCGUCCGGGAGCGCCCGGCGAGCUGCUUUCACGCGACAACGACGACGAACGGGUUCGGCGGUUUCAAGAGGCCGGCGGCGUUGAAGAAGGAAGGGGGCAUUGCACCCAUAGACCGCUUGAGGAAGCCCUUCAAGCCGCUCACGAUUAAGAAGUAA